CUAUCAUCAUUUAACUCUGACUAUUUCUUCACUCUUCAAUCGGUGAGCAAAGAAAGAAACACAACUUCAGUAUAGAGAGCAGAAAUUCGAAAUGGCUCCUUCAGCUAUCUCUACCACCCCGCCUCCCUCCACUAACGGCGAGGUUUCCUCCAUCGCCAGCUACCGCGGCUACGACCAUGUCCACUGGUACGUCGGCAACGCCAAGCAAGCAGCCAGCUACUACAUCACCCGCAUGGGCUUCAAGCGCAUCGCCUACCGUGGCCUGGAAACCGGCAGCCGACACAUGUGCUCCCACGUCAUCCGCAACGGAGACAUCACCUUCAUUCUGACUUCGCCGCUCCGCUCCCUGGACCAAAUCGACCGUUUCAGCCCCGAGGAGCAGGUGCAGUUGCGCGAGAUUCACUCCCACCUUGAGCAGCAUGGCGACGCUGUGAAGGACGUUUCGUUCGAGGUUGACGAUGUCGAUGCUGUUUAUUAUGCUGCUGUUAAGAAUGGUGCUAAGUCUGUCUCUAAGCCUCGUACUCUUGAGGACGAGGGUGGAAGAGUCAAGGUCGCUACUAUUCAGACUUAUGGUCAGACGACGCAUACUCUUAUUGAGCGUGGCCAGUAUCAUGGUGCUUUCUUGCCUGGGUAUCGUCUUGAGGCCGGGACGGAGGAUCCUGUGGCUAAGUUCUUGCCUGGUGUUCAUCUCAAGCGGAUUGAUCACUGUGUUGGAAACCAGGAUUGGGAUGAGAUGGAUAAGAUUUGUGAAUACUACGAGAAAGCUCUUGGAUUCCACCGUUUCUGGUCCGUUGAUGACAGCCAAAUUUGCACUGAAUUCUCCGCCUUGAAGAGUAUCGUCAUGGCAUCUCCCAACGAAAUCGUCAAAAUGCCCAUCAACGAACCCGCCAAGGGCAAGAAGCAGUCCCAAAUCGAGGAAUACGUAGACUUCUACAACGGCGCCGGUGUCCAGCACAUUGCCCUGUUGACUGACGACAUCAUCCGCGAUAUCACCAACUUGAAGGCCCGUGGCGUCGAGUUCAUCAAGGUUCCCGACACAUAUUACAUCGACAUGCAGGCUCGUUUGAAGCAGUCUGGUCUCGUUCUUAAGGAGGACUUUGAGACUAUUCGCAGCUUGGAUAUCUUGAUUGAUUUUGAUGAGGGUGGUUACCUUUUGCAGUUGUUCACUAAGCACAUGAUGGAUCGUCCGACUGUCUUCAUUGAGAUUAUUCAGCGACACAACUUCUCUGGCUUCGGUGCCGGAAAUUUCAAGUCGCUCUUCGAGGCGAUUGAGCGUGAGCAGGAGCUCCGUGGAAAUUUGGUUUGAUUGGGUGAGGUUGGUGGCACUAAAAUUGAGGGUUUGAGAGUUUUGGCCUUUUUGCAUAUACUUUGAUACCUUAGCAUUUCUCACAUA